UUUAUUAGAACAUCAGAGAGGUAAAAAAACAAGUGGUCAAUUAGAGCAUUUUUCAGUAAGUAGAAAAUAUUUCAAGAUGGCUUCUUCUUCGUUGAGGAUCUUCGUUGCAAUAGCCAUUGUUGCAAUUGGUGUUGUUGUAUCUCCAACACUGGCAACAGACUACAUUGUUGGGGAUGACAAUGGAUGGAUGUUGAACUUCGAUUACCAGGGCUGGGCUCAGGGAAAAGACUUCCGCGUUGGUGACAAUCUCAUAUUCAAUUACCCACAAGGAGCUCACAAUGUGUUGAAAGUGAACGGAACUGAGUUCCAACAAUGUGCGGCACCGGCCACCACCGUAGCUCUUACUACCGGCAACGACGUUAUCCCUUUCUUAACCCCGGGAAGAAAAUGGUACAUGUGCGGCGUCGGCAGGCACUGCGCCACUGGAAACAUGAAGCUUGCCAUAACUGUGUUGCCUCUGCUCCAAUCUCCGGCAGCUUCGCCUUCUACCGGCGCAGCACCGGCAGUCUCGCCUUCAGCAGCGGCCGGGAUUGCUAUCUCCAAGCAUUAUUCAUGGAUGGUUGGAGUUUUCGGCAUCAUUGUGAUGAUUAUUAUGGUUUAAUGUCGGAGUAGGAUUUGUAUUUUUUAUUUCUUUCUCAUUUGUUAUCAAGUGUUAUUGUGAUCAUAUUCAUGUCACAUGUUUGAAUUUCCAAUUAUUUAGUAGAUGAAUAAAAAAACUUUAA